CGCGCCAGAAGAUUAGAUAUUAAAAGUUGAAGCAACAUACGAAGUACAAUAAUAGAAUUAAUUGUUGUAUUCACAAAAAAAAAAAAACUCUGCCCCUUAAAAAAACCCAUUACAAAGAGAACUCACCUUUUUUCCUAACAUCUGUGGAGCCAUAGACGCCUAGACGGAACACUGUGAGACGUUAUUAUCUACCCUCACACACCGGUUUAUUACAUAGUGAGAGUUUUACUAAUGAAUGAAAUAUUGGAUUGAGAGACCAACUCUCAGCCUGGCUCUGGCUGUGAGCUCAGAUCCGAUGUUGGGGCAGUUCUGAAAAGUGUUUAAAAAGAAAGAAAUCCCACGAUUGGAGUGAUGGGAAACGUGAGAUUGGAAGGGAGAUGUAGACGGGAAACGAUUCAGGGGUCACCUUGUAAAUUUAUUUAUUUUAAUAGAUUAACUGAUGUGGAAUAGAAACCCAACAGAGUUAUGCCACGUAGUGAAUGCACGGAAACAUUCCGUAACGUAGAUGUACCGAAGAGGUUCCCUUAAUUAAUACAUCCUAGGUGUAAAUUUGUACACAUGGCGGAGAUUAAGAGGGCCAUUUGUAUCAGGUACCGUACCCUCAAGUUUUGUACAGGUACCACAGUUGUCACCAUUUUCGCUAUAUACUUCGUAUAUGAGUAUAUUCCUCCGUAAAUGGUAAUUGCUGCGGGGACACCAAAUAGAAAGGAGUAAGAUAGAUCUGGCUAUGGCCGCCUCUACCCUUAGCCGCAGCAGAGUCAUCUCUCUCGUCAUCAUCUUCGCAAUAGCCUCAACAUCGACUGCCGGCGCCCGCGAAAGGGUCCGUGUGGAGGAGAAUGACCACCGCAUCCUCAAGGCCAUGAUGGACCGCUGCGUUGAGAUAUUCCUCUACCCCUUUUCGCCGCCGCCCCACAAUGUCGUCAACGCCGACGAAGCCCGCCUAGUCCCGCGACUCACCAUGUACAACUGCGCCGCACUCCUCCAUCACCUCCGUGACAUCGCCGGCCGCUACACUCCCGAAAACCUCCAAUUGCUCUACGAGAUUCCCUCCUUCGAUUGUCCGUGGACCCGGUUCGGAGCGGGUACGGAUCUACCGUGGGCUAUAGACUUUUCAAAACCCGGAGUCUUCGGCGGCGGUCCUUUCCUGUACGGAAAAGAUAACAGAACGGAGAUUCCUGCGGAGGAUUACCAGGCCCUGAAGACGGUGAUGGAUUCCUGAGCCGAAAGGAACAGGUAUUGCACCGUUGCUUGAUUAGGGAGAGGAAUCGUCCCCAGUACUGUCUCGAUCUUAUCCAGUUCAUCCAUCACUCCCGAAGAGAAUAUGCACACCUCUUUACUGCUGGAUUUAUUUGCUGGCUUGCAUUAAUGAUAGAUGUUGCAUAGAAACCUGAAAAUCAGGAGGAAACGAGG